AUGGGCCACGUGGAGGCCUCGCACAAUCUGUUUUUGGCUGGCAAACUGGUCCUGGUGAUUGGAGACCUUCACAUCCCAGACCGAUGUUGCAGCCUUCCAGCCAAGUUUAAAAAGUUGCUGGUUCCAGGCAAGAUCCAACAUAUCCUUUGCAGGAACCUUUGCACCAAGGAGAGUUACGAUUAUUUGAGGACACUGGCCGGAGAUGUCCACAUCGUCAGAGGGGACUUUGAUGAGGGCACGAGUUACCCCCAGCAAAAAAUUGUCACUGUUGGACAGUUCAGAAUUGGUCUGAUCCAUGGCCAUCAAAUUAUACCUUGGGGGGAUCUGGCCAGCUUGGCGAUCCUCCAGAGGCAGCUGGAUGUGGACAUCUUAAUAUCUGGUCACACUCACAAGUUUGAGGCAGUAGAACAUGAGAAGAAGUUCUACAUCAAUCCUGGUUCAGCCACAGGGGCCUACAGUGCUCUGAAAAGGGAUGUAAUUCCGUCCUUUGUUCUGAUGGAUGUUCAGUCCUCCGUUGUUGUUACCUACGUGUAUCAACUCAUUGGGAACGAGGUGAAAGUAGAAAGGAUCGAAUACAAGAAAACUUGA